UACUUUACUGUGCUACUUGUAGUUGUUAGACCGAUGUAAUAGAGGAUAGAUGGUCUUGAUUUCAUUUGAUUUGAUUUCUUGUUUGGUUUGUUUUUGAUCAGUUUAACCUGUCUGGUAUCUACAGUGCUCUGUAGUGGUCGGAUCAGAUCACAGAAUUUAAAAUUCCUUGUAAUUAAAUUGUAGCGAUUAUAAUGAACAUCUUAAAUGGUAGUGUUCUGUGUAUAGCGAGUCUCGACCUUGACCACAUAAUGUGCAAGUCGACUCUGUCCGCUAGAUGUCAGUGUUACAUUAAUUAUGUGACAAAGCAAAACGUAAAUAAUGAAGCAAAGCAAACUAGAUGUUUACAUUGAAUUUGAUUUGUAAUUUAACGAGCGUUUUUCUACGACUGCAUUUACGUUAUUUUUCAGAAUGACUCUUCUAUCUCCGCUAAUAGAUGACAUGGAAAUGUCACUUAAUUUUCUGUCGUUGAUAUUAGCCGCGAAGGCACUAUAAAUCUAUAGAUCUAUACUUCACAAUAUGAAUCUAACCUUGGAUAUUUAGAAAACCUUAACUAGAUAGUAAUAACUAUCAAACUUAAACAAGUUUAACGCGUAACUAAAGUGAAAUAUAUUUAUGUAUGUCUCUUGUUAAACAACAGCACUAUAUCAAAUGCAUGCGCGCGGACACACAUGAAAGUGGAACGGAAUAACGUACCAGUGUCUAAUUCUGGAUUUACAGUUACAGCCAUCACACAAUAUCAGAUUACUUUUGUUUUGUUUCGGUUUGUUUCAGCUCUGGAACAUUUUGUUUCCGCCAUCAUAUCCAAUUUAUCCAGGAGUUGGAAUAACGGUUGGAAUUUGACACCAAAAUGUUACCAUGUAAAACCUUGCUUAUUAAAAGCAAAGUUAAAAUCUAUAAGUGGCACUCACACAAAUUUCACUUGGUUUCUCAGGUUUCUUGGUUUCUCACAUGCUCCUUCAAUUGAAAGUCAUGGCCAAUACACUCUGUCAAGACUUGCCGAAAUAAUCCCUCCCACUUUUCCUCUCUCAAAGUAUUCUAUUCUGAGAAUUAUCUUGGGAAGAGGAGAGAGACUGUUUGGUAAGACCACCAUAAUUUUUGGUGACCCAACUGUAUUUUCAGUGACUCUUCACAACGCAUAAGACCUCCAAGGUUGUAGGCUAAUUGCAGGUAAGAAUCGUUCAUUUGUUGCGUCGAUCCUUUUUGUGUGUAGGCAGUGGCUAUCAGACGCCCCACAUGUUGGUAACGUUAAUGUAUGGUAUCUCAACAGAAACCAUGCAACCAAUUUGCGCAAAUAGUAUUGUUUUAUGGAAGCAGACGCAGAGUUAUAUUUGUUUUGAAUAUAACAUUUAUUUUAAACUGGACCGACACAUUGGCCAGUCGACUGGACACUUACAGUGGUGCAUGACACUGGUAGCCAACAUUAGCCUACUUAUCGCAUUCUUCCCAUAAUUAACCUGCGAAGAACUUCCGCUGUAGAUCUCAAUCCGAAGCGAACGCAAAUCCACCCGUCCGUGUAUCAUUUGAGAGCUCUACACAUCGAGUAGAAGUAAAUUCGGGUUGCAGUCGAUGGUCUGAAAUCCACAGGAAGAUGGACACGGUUGCGGAGAUAUGAGACAACUGAGGCUAGUGGCAGUUCCUCUUUCAACAUAGAUGCAGCUGUGAGGUGACGUCCAUCUUGAAAAAACGACCUGAGAAAGACAUCAGCAUGUCCGCUCAAGAGGGGGCGGAGAAGAACGGGAGCGGGAGUGGGAACGGGAGCGGGAGUGGGAACGGGAGUGGGAGUGGGAGUGGGAGCGGCAGCGGCAGCGGCAGCGGGAGCGGGAGCCAACCAGACAGCCGCCUGAAGAGCAAGAAACCUCCGAGCCUGACCAUCUCCAUCCCUCCAUCCCAGGAAGAGUGUGAAGCAGACUCCACUAAACCGCCCUUGCGGUCCUCGCUGAAGAAGAGUGUGACCAUGCAGCAGUCGAGCGAGGCGCUGUCCGAUGGCGGCCCCUCCGCCGACUCCAGGAGAGCCGAGUUCCGCCGACAGACGUCCCUCUCGCAGAGCAUCCGCCAGGGCACCGCACAGUGGUUUGGCGUGGGCAGCGACUUCGAGACCAAGCAGCAGGUGUGGCACCGCAAGAGCCUACGCCACUGCAGCCAGCGCUACGGCAAGCUGAAGCCGCAGCCCGGCGACACCGACACCAGCAGCAUGGAGAGGCUGGAGUCGCCCGCCACCUUCAAGAUGCCAAAGAUUGUGGACCCCCUGGCCCGCGGCCGUGCCUUCCGUAACCCCGAUGAGACGGAUCGGCCGCCCCGGACGCCGCACACCCCCCGCAUCACCUCCUUCAGCUCCUUCUCCAGCCAGCGCUCCGGCUACAGCCGCCUGCCGCACCGCAAGAGGGAGUCCGUCGCCCGCAUGAGCAUACGCGCCGCCUCCAACCUCAUCAAGGGUCGGCAGGGGCAGGGCUCACUGGCCGGACGUGGUUAUCCCCGCCGUAGCUUCCCCCGGCCCAGCUGGAUGGAGGAGGACACCGUGGACACGGCCGACACCUCCGACUCCGUGUUCUUCAGCAAGAUGGAUGCCCGAGACGAGAUGUACUCCAUGGCUGACGACGUGUUCGAGUCGCCCCCCCUCUCAGCCGCGUACGGCCCCGGAGACAUGUCCUUCGGUGAAGGCGCUCCUUUCCACAGCCUUAGGGACAUCAGUAAGACCCCCCUCCCCUGCGACGGGCCCCAGCAGCGCAGAGGGCACCGCAUCGCCUCCCAGGUCAAGCACUUCGCCUUCGACAAGCACAAGCGACUCUACGGCAUGGGCGUGGUGGGCAAGUGGCUGAACCGCAACUACCGCCGCAGCCUCAGCAGCACCGUGCAGAAGCAGCUGGAGGACGUCCACAGCCACCGGCCUUACUUCACGUACUGGAUCACGUUCGUCCACAUCGUCAUCACCCUCCUGUCCAUCUGCACUUACGGCUUCGCCCCCGUCGGCUUCUCCCAGCGCUCCACCACUGACCUGGUGCUGAGACACAAAGGGAUUUACGAGAGUGUGAAGUACGUCCAGCAAGAGAACUUUUGGCUCGGGCCCGGCUCAGACGAUCUCAUCCACCUCGGGGCCAAGUUCUCUCCCUGCAUCAGACAGGACUCCCAGAUUUGGUCGCUCAUUCAGAAAGCCACAGCCCUAGAGAAAGAGACGGGCUGCUGCGUCCAGAACGACAACUCGGGCUGUGUGCAGACACUUAAUGAACACUGCUCAGAAACACUUGGCACUUUUAUAAAAUGGACAAAUGAAGAUGUAGACAUCAUUAGGUCAUCUGGCGCUGUGUGUAACCAGGACCCCAGGAUCUGUGAAGAGCCUGCUUCCAUACUACCGCACAUUUGGGCUGAUAACAUCACUCAGUGGCCGAUCUGUACCAAGCGCGGUGGGAACCACACAGGCCUCCGACACAUGGACUGCAAGAUUAAAGGCCGGCCCUGCUGCAUAGGCACGAAGGGCAGGUGUGAGAUAACGACACGAGAGUAUUGCUCUUUCAUGCGCGGAUACUUCCAUGAAGAGGCCACACUGUGCUCACAGGUGGACUGCUUGGAUGAUGUGUGUGGCCUGCUGCCCUUCUUGAAUCCAGCUGUCCCAGACCAGUUCUACAGGCUGUGGCUCUCCCUCUUCCUUCAUGCUGGGCUGCUGCACUGCCUGGUGUCGGUGGUGUUCCAGAUGACCAUCCUGCGGGACCUGGAGAAGCUGGCGGGCUGGGUGCGCAUCUCCAUCAUCUACAUCCUCAGCGGCAUCACCGGCAACCUGGCCAGCGCCCUCUUCCUGCCCUACAGAGCUGAGGUGGGUCCGGCGGGCUCCCAGUUCGGUCUGCUGGCGUGCCUGUUCGUGGAGCUCAUCCAGUGCUGGCCGAUCCUGGCCAACCCCUGGAAGGCCUUCCUCAAGCUGCUGGGCAUCGUAUUCUUCCUCUUCCUCUGCGGCCUGCUGCCCUGGAUCGACAACAUCGCCCACAUCUUCGGCUUCCUCAGCGGGCUCCUGCUCUCCUUCUCGUUCCUGCCCUACAUCACCUUCAACGCCUUCGACAAGUACCGCAAGCGGGCGCUCAUCCUGGUCUCGCUGCUGGCCUACGUCGGGCUCUUCGCCUCGCUCAUCGUCUGGUUCUACAUCUACCCCAUCAACUGGCACUGGCUGGAGCACCUCACCUGUUUGCCCUUCACCAGCAAGUUCUGCGAGCGCUACGACAUCGACCAUGUGGUGCACUAAAAGGCAUGACGCUAACGCUAACACCGCUAACUCUAAGCCGAAUGAAUUUAUGGGCGGGAGGAGAACCAGCUGGCUGAAGGGGGGGGGGGGGGGGAAGAGAGAGAGUAUGGUGAGUGAGCAAAAGCACUACAAUAUCGAGAAACUUACUCUGGCUCUCUCAGAGAGUGUAGUUGACUGUACAAAGAAAGUACACAGGUCUGUGUGGAGUCUGUGGGUGAUGCCUGCUAUUGGGAGCGGUGAGAGGACGGACUCAGAGGCUGAUGCCAAAAAUCUAUCUGAUUUGCUAUUGGGAGCGGCCAGAGAACUACCAUGACAGACCUCUACUCUGAGACACUUAGGGAAGAGCAUUUUACCACUCAUUUGUUACAUUGUGUUAUUUUGCAACACUACAGAAAAUUUCAACUGUUUUUUUUUUUUUCUAUCAAGGACUCCACAGAUAACCUUUGGGACCUAAUUACAAUACAAGCCAUCCCAGAUUUAGGAUUUAUAUCACGCAAUCGUGAAUUUUAAAGAGUUUUUGUUAAACUGAAGGGUUUGGGCAAUGGGAAGUCAUUAUGCAGAGAUAGCCUUACCGUGGUCUGUAAUCUAAAUAUUACUUUAAAAGCCAGGAAAACCCAUCUACCUGCAUAUCAUUUGUCAUUUAUUGUAAAUGUUGUAACUCAUUUAAUGCCUUGAUAUAUGGUACAUUCUUUUCAAGACACACAAGGUAGUGUGCUUUGAGUCGGGUAUACUGACUGGAAACGUUGGUAUUCAUAAUACUGUGCAGCUUGAUAAUCAAUGUCAACACCUUUCUGGGAUUAUUUCUGUGAACAGAACGGAACAUUUCAUGUUAUUCAGGUAGUUCCAAAGUGGAAUGUAGCCUAAGUAUUGAUAAUAAUCUUAUAGACUGGCGUACUUGCCCAGUGCAUUUCCGUAUCGAAUGACACAUUACUUACCGUAUCACAUGUCACAUUUUGUCCAUCUCGGUUUUGUCGUACAGUGCAUAUGCCUUGAAUGGGGAACAUUUAAGCAGUUUAGGGACAUGUGUAGUGCCAAGUUUGAGACAAUGCCCGCACAAUACAGGGCAGAGUGAAACUGCAUGGACUGUGGCUUCUGACUGGGCCAUUGGCUGGUCUCGUCCACAGCUCACACCACAUCGCCCACCCUGAACUACCAGAAAACACUCGGCACCGUUGCCAGCCUCGUUCCCCUUGCACUGGGAUUAGAGCCCUCUGCCUUGGUGAGUGUCUGGCUUUAUCCACUGUGAAAAGAUGACUGUGAAAUGGAUUACGGCCUAAUUGGGGAGGACUGAGAGUAUGCGGCUCUACAUAAUAAUUUCCCUCUUCCUCCCCAUCACAUCUGGAAAUAGGAUUCACCGGGAUGACUAGGAACAUAAGAGACGGUUAAAAGGUACCCACCGUUAUCCCUCUGCUCAUGACUGUUGACGGAUAUGGAUGUUGCAGUGUUUUUGUGUUUAUACCGUACUGCCUGUUUCGCAGACACAGAAAUGUUUUGCUGAGACCUAUAGCCCCUUGAGUUGUUCCAGUAGAAUGUUGUUGACAUAGGAAUGCAGUGUGCCUUUUUUUUUUUAAAUCAAGAUUGACUACCUUUUAUUAUGAUUGCAUUCAUUUGUAUUAACAAACUGUACGGGAGGGAUCGGACCAAAUAGAUAUCAUUUAUUUAAAAAAAAAAAAGGGAAACUUGUAAAAUUAUAUAGUGAUAUAGUGUGAUAUUUUUGAUGCAUUUUAUAUGUUAUUCCUCUGUGUGCGUGAUUAUGUCAAAAAAGACAUUUCUUUAAAAUAAAUGUAAAUAAAUGUUUUUUCUCCUA